AUGGCCAUUCAACCCUACCAGGAAGACAAUGAGGCUUCCUCUGGACCGCACGACACGGCUCCUGCAAAACGAUUACGCUGGGCUACGCAGAGGAAGCGCUCGAGCGACGACUCGACAAAGCGAGAAUCAAAUGGAACCGACCUCGAAUCUGUACCCGAGGAGUCCGAGGCUUCGGCCGAACAAGCUGGUGCCGGUCGCCGCGUCUUCUUCAACAUGCCCCUGCCCGAGGAUGCGCGCGACGAAGAAGGCCACCCUAUCACACAGUUUGUGCGAAACAAGAUCCGCACCGCAAAAUACACGCCCAUCAGCUUCAUACCCAAGAACUUGUGGUUCCAGUUCCACAACAUCGCCAACAUCUACUUCUUGUUUAUCAUCAUCCUCUCGAUAUUCCCCAUCUUUGGCGCCUCGAAUCCUGGUCUGAGUGCCGUACCACUGAUUGUCAUCGUCUUCAUUACCGCAGUCAAGGACGCAAUCGAGGACUGGAGGAGAACUGUUCUUGACAACGAGCUCAAUAACGCACCUGCUCACCGCCUCGUCGACUGGGAAAACGUCAACACAGCCGAGGACCAGAUCUCAUUGUGGCGAAAGUUCAAGAAAGCAAAUACUCGAGCUAUCACUUAUGUCUGGCACCUCUGGAAGAACCGCAAAGAGUCCAAAGAUGAAAAACGAAACUCCCAGAAGGAUAGAGCCUUGGACGAAGGCAGACCAUCUGCGGACGCCCGACGACCAUCCAUGUACUCUCAGCGCAUGUCGGCAAUGUCCAUGGCCACCGAAGAGCCCGGCGCUAUGGAAAUGACGCCGGUACAUUCGCCAAUGCCCGCCCCGGUUAUGGAAGGAAGCAAAGAGAUGGAUUUGGGUGACCACGUCAGAAAAUCCCUCGAGAACGAUGCCCUUAAGCCAGGCGACGCGCGUCAAGUUGUCGAAGUUGCAAAAGAUCCCACCGAUACCAUCGCACCCAUUCCAAAACGAUUCUACGGUAACGUCAUCAACCCCAACAAACCCAGUGGAAAAGCGCGGUUCAAGAAGGACUGCUGGAAGAACGUCCAAGUCGGAGAUUUCGUCAGACUCUACAACGAAGAAUCUAUCCCUGCGGACAUCGUUGUUUUGUCGACCUCUGACCCCGAUGGAGCUUGUUACGUGGAAACCAAGAAUCUGGAUGGAGAGACCAAUCUCAAGGUACGCCAGGCUCUACAUUGCAGUCAGAAGGUCAAGAGAGCCCGCGACUGUGAACGCGCCGAAUUCAUUCUGGAAAGUGAACCGCCCCAUGCCAAUCUUUACUCUUACAGCGGAGCCGUUCGAUGGAAGCAACAGGGCAGCAAGAAUUUGGAGGUGGAAGCCGCAGACAUGGCUGAACCUGUUUCCAUCAACAACAUGUUGCUUAGAGGUUGUUCCAUUCGCAACACCGAGUGGGUCUUGGGUAUCGUCGUUUUCACAGGAGAAGAGACCAAAAUCAUGCUCAACUCUGGUAUCACCCCUACAAAGCGCGCUCAAAUAUCGAAGGACUUGAACUGGAACGUCAUCUACAAUUUCAUCAUCUUGUUCUUCAUGUGUCUUAUCUCGGCUCUAGUACAAGGCACUACCUGGGGCAAGGGCGAUGAAUCGCUCGACUUUUUCGAAUUUGGCUCCUAUGGUGGUACGCCAGGUCUCAACGGCUUCAUCACAUUCUGGGCUGCUAUUAUCCUCUUCCAAAACUUGGUACCCAUCUCCCUUUACAUUACGUUGGAGAUCAUCCGCACUGCUCAGGCUUUCUUCAUCUACAGCGACGCUUUCAUGUACUAUGCACCGGUCGAUUAUCCAUGCACCCCAAAGUCGUGGAACAUCUCCGAUGACCUUGUCACGAUCAAUGGCGUGCCUUACGGAGAAGCAUACACCGAAGCUCUGGCUGGAAUGCAGAAACGACAAGGAAUUGAUACCGAAGCCGAAGGAGCAAAAGCCCGUGUACAAAUAGCUCGCGGCAAAGUCAAGAUGCUCGAGGAUCUACGCAAGUUGCACGACAAUCCAUAUCUUCUGGACGAGAACGUUACAUUUGUCGCACCCGAUUAUGUUUCGGAUUUGACUGGAGCUUCUGGACCUCAACAGAAAGCAGCCAAUGAAUAUUUCAUGCUGGUGCUUGCGCUCUGUCAUACUGUGAUCACUGAGCGUACCCCUGGUGAUCCGCCAAAACUCGAGUUUAAAGCUCAAUCACCCGAUGAGGCUGCGCUGGUCGCAACGGCCAGGGACUGUGGCUUUACAGUCCUAGGUCGUUCAAACGAUGGAAUCAUCGUCAACGUUCUUGGUGAAGAGCGUGAGUACACUGUUCUCAACAUCUUAGAAUUCAACUCAUCCAGAAAGCGCAUGAGUGCCAUUGUGCGCAUGCCCAACGGAAAGAUUGUUCUAUUCUGCAAGGGUGCCGACAGUAUCAUCUACUCGAGAUUGAAGAAGGGUGAGCAGCAAGAAUUGAGAAAGACCACUGCUGAUCAUCUUGAGAUGUUUGCUCGAGAGGGUCUGCGUACACUAUGCAUUGCUCAAAGAGAACUCAAUGAGGAGGAGUACCAGACUUGGAACAAACAGCACGAUAUUGCUGCAGCGGCUAUUCAAAACCGUGAAGAGAAGCUCGAAGAGGUUUCAGAUGCAAUCGAACGCGAUCUCACCCUUCUCGGAGGAACUGCUAUUGAGGACAGGCUCCAAGACGGCGUACCCGACGCAAUCCAGCUCCUUGCUCAGGCAGGUAUAAAGCUAUGGGUUUUGACUGGAGACAAGGUUGAGACGGCCAUCAACAUCGGAUUCUCCUGCAAUUUGCUGGGCAACGACAUGGACCUUAUCGUCUUGAAUGUUCAAGAUGAGAAUCUAGACAGUGCAGAAGCAGAACUCGACAAGAACUUGGCUAUCUUUGGCAGAACCGGAUCUGACGAGGAACUCAAGGCUGCAAAGAAGAAUCACGAACCGCCAGCACCGACCCACGCUGUGGUCGUUGACGGUGAGACUUUGAAACUCAUGCUGAAUGACAGACUCAGACAGAAGUUCCUGCUUUUGUGCAAGGAAUGCAAGUCGGUUCUCUGUUGCCGUGUCAGUCCCAGUCAGAAGGCUGCCGUUGUUGGCAUGGUCAAGAACGGGCUCGAUGUCAUGACUUUGGCCAUAGGUGACGGUGCCAACGACGUUGCUAUGAUCCAGAAGGCUCAUGUUGGUGUCGGUAUUGCUGGUGAGGAAGGCAGACAAGCAGUCAUGUCUUCUGACUAUGCGAUUGGUCAAUUUAGAUUCCUUACAAGACUUGUGUUGGUUCAUGGACGUUGGUCAUAUCGCCGACUUGCGGAAACUAUUGCAAACUUCUUCUACAAGAACAUCAUCUGGACAUUCGCUCUCUUCUGGUACCAAAUCUUCGCUAACUUCGAUUGUUCAUACAUCUUCGACUACUCUUACAUUCUACUUUACAACUUGGCAUUCACCUCUCUGCCGGUUAUCUUGAUGGGAAUCUUGGAUCAAGAUGUCGAUGACAAAGUGUCCCUUGCGUCAGGUCAGAACGUCAACGAUUACCAACGCAUUGGUGUAUACAUUGCCAAUUCUAUUGUCGUGGUGGCCAACGUUUAUAUUCUGAUGAAUGCCUACCGCUGGGACUGGUUUUUCACCCUUAUUACAACAAUCUCUAUCCUGCUCAUCUGGACCUGGACUGGCAUUUACUCCUCAUUCACUGUUGGCUUCACGUUCUACAAGGCUGGCGCCGAGGCCUACGGGUCAUUGAGCUUCUGGGCGCUGACGAUGAUGGUGAUCAUCAUUGCUUUGCUGCCUCGCUUUACCGCAAAGUCUUUCCAGAAGAUCUUCAUGCCCCGUGACAUCGAUGUUAUCCGUGAGCAGGUCAGACAAGGCAAAUUUGACUAUCUCAAGAAUGUGGACCCGCAAAACUCUGAGGGCGUUAGUCCACCUCCUCCAGAGAAAAUAUCACACAACGGCAGCGAUGGUACCGAUUACACUGGACAUCGAUCUUCCAUCGACCGGACGUUCCCUGCAGUCGGGCAAGUAACAUCUCGUCCGUCCGAAGACUUUGGACAUAGCCCGAUAGACUUCUACCGACCUCCGGUCGUUGCUGGAGGCUUCGAAUCGCCCGCACCACGACCAAGUUACGACCGACCAAGGCCUUCUUUCGACCGGCUGAGGGCCAGCAUGGACUUUGAAAGAACCCGGCCUUCUUUUGAGAGCUCGCGAGACUUCACUAGUGCGGCAUAUCUGUCGCGGGUAGAAAGCAGUCACACGCCUGCCGGUACACCUGCUGCGGUGGACCGGAAAGACAUUGGCUAUGCCAUGUAA